UCCUCUGCCUGUCGCUUUCUGACCUCUUCUCCUCAGAGAACCAAAUUUCACCCUACCACAUCAAGAUGUCUUACUGUGGACCUGCUUCCAAAGGCGCUUGCGGUGUUGGAUCAUGCUAUGGAGGUGUUACAUAUAGCGGACGGCUGCCAUCCUACGGCCUUGGCUCCGUCUGUGGGACCGGUGGCUGGUCCGGUCUUGGAGCCCUGUCCGGUGGCUGGUCUGGUCUUGGAACCCUGUCCGGUGGCUGGUCCGGUCUUGGAACCCUGUCUGGAGGCUGGUCCGGUCUUGGAGCCCAGUCCGGUGGCAACGUCGCCUGUGCCAGUCAACUUCCGGGGUCUGAAGUCGUCAUCCAGCCGCCUCCCUCUGUGGUGACCAUCCCGGGACCAGUUCUGUCGACUUGCGAGCCUGCUGCAGUCGCUGCGUACACACCAUGUGCGACCGGGUAUUCAGGACAGGGUUCCCAAGCACUCUCCCCUCUGUAUUCUGGGGGAGCUUGGGGGGGCUACGGAAGGCUAGGAUAUGGUGGUUACAGAAGGUAUGGCCAGAGGUGCUUGCCCUACAGUGGUUGGGGUUAUGGUGCCUGUGAUCCUUGUGGACCUUGUUAAAUUCUGGCUGUUGUCAACACGGGUGUUAAGAAUGAAAUGAAAACAAGGUGACAGUCUAAAACUCUGAGUGGACAUGACAUACUGAGCUUUGGAAUUGUUGAGCACCCACCGUCUCCUGUUUUCACUAGUGGGAUCUGUUGGGUUCUCAGU